GAUACCUACAAAAAGUGUUUGGAGGAUUUUUAAAAUCAUUAAAUUCACACGUUUUCACUCAAAACACAAAUUAACAAAAUGUAUCCCUCAAAAUUUGUGGUUUAUUUAUUGUUGUUGGUACAACAACUGCUGGCCCGGAACUUCAGCAAAGCCGAGGAAGAAUUUGAGGAUCUUGAACCAUCGAAAGAUAACUACGCGAGGCGUUCAGUCAGAAACGUGGAAAUGAUAGAUGCUCUACAGCUUCAAAGUGAAACUGUUCAAUUAAAUAAGAAAAAAGUCCACAGGAGCCGCAACUCCAACUCUAACUUCAACACGAGCGUGAGCAAUAUCAAUGAUGAUGAUGAUUUCCGAUUUCUGGUUACCGGCGGUUACCGUCCCGAGAAUAAUGCUCUCGUCAAAUACGUUGUAUCGAUCCGGACAGUCAAUGAACGUAAGUUCUUUGGCGACAAUCAUUUCUGUGGCGGAGCAAUAAUCUCAUCCAAAUCGAUUUUGACGGCAGCUCAUUGCCUAUAUAUAGGUGGGCAGAAAUUGAAAGCUAACCGAAUCAAGAUUGUUGCUGGCACCCCUCGUCGACUAAUGCAGACAAAGAAUACGCAAGAAAUAUUGGUGGAGAGCAUAAAGCCGCAUCCCAAAUACUCUCAAACGCAUCUCACCAAUGACAUUGGAAUUAUAAAGCUAAAAGAGCCGAUACGGAUAAACGCAGAUUUUGCUACUAUUGUCCCAAUUAAUGAUCGGGAUCCAAAGGCUGGACAGCUAUGUACAGUCGUAGGAUGGGGUACAGUAAUUCAAUACGGUCCCACGCCUGAUGAGGUGGUCAACGGCGAUGUGACUAUUAAUACGAACACGUAUUGCUCAAAUAUAAAUGGCUUUAAAAAGGGUAUGCUGUGUGCCUCCAAUGCCAACGAUUACGAGGUCGACAGCUGUCAGGGUGACUCGGGAGGACCCCUUAUAUGCGACAAUAAGGUGGUGGGGAUUGUCUCCUUCGGGAAUGGCUGUGGCGAACCCGAUUCGGCUGGCGUCUAUACCGAUGUCUACUAUUUUCGAGAUUGGAUUGGCCGAAAUUCCGUAUGCCGCCUUACAAUCAACUAUCCAUGCUAUAAACUACUACUGAUUUCACUGGUGGUACUUCAUUGAAUGAUUUCUUUAUAAAAUUGUUCUAAUUUUACUAUCUAAAUGUCUGGACACAUAGCUUUAGUUGAAGCACCUUAAAUUAAUAUUAUUACAUAACUUUUCCAAAACUGAUAUUUCCCACUUCUUAUAUAUACACAAUAUUACCAUCAACAGUAAUAAAGGAAUACAUAUAACCAAA